AUGCGAUCAACUUCUGAUGAUGAAAUCGAUCAACAACUUAUUGAUCAUUAUGAAGAUUUUCAAGAAAAUCUUUAUAGGAUACAAAAUAUGAAUAAUACAAUCGAUUUUCAAUGGAUCUCAUUGCUUGUUUGGUUAAAAUAUUAUGCACAGAUCUAUGCCAUUGCUUUAAAUAAUGAGAUACAACAUAGUCAACAAAACCUUCGUUUACCUAUUCCAUUGUUUGAAUGUCGAGAAGAAUUUCAACGCUUUAAUCAAAUUCUUCAUCAAAAUGAUAAGAUUGAUGAUCUACGUCAAUUAGUUCAUGAGUGUAAUCGAUCACAAAAUCUUAGUUAUAGUUUUCUAUGUUGGUUUAUUCAAUAUUAUUGCCAUUUUAUGCAAGUUAACAGUAAAGCUAAUGAGAAAUUUGUUCAUUUGAUUGAAAAUGAUUUACAACAAGAAAUUAUCGAAUCAUUCACAUGGUUAGAUUCAAAAUUACUUAUUUUUUUGUAUGAGCAACAAUAUUCAUUGUUAAAUUUUUUUAAUGUAACUACAUUUUAUAAAUUGGAUCCUUUGGAUGAAUUUAUCUUUAAAAUACAAUCAAUUCCAUAUACGGAAAAUACAUAUCCAAUUACGGCAUUUAUUCUUCAACAUCUCGAUGAUUAUAGUAAUAUUCAACAUACUUAUCCUAUUAUUAUUUUUACCAAUUAUCUUAUUGAAAAAUUUAACUAUCGAAUCAAUCGAAAUGAUGCAACUGAAAAGAAAAUUCUCUGUUAUUUAACUAAAGAUAAAGAUAAACAUAGAACAAAUCAACUUUAUAAUGACUUUUUACAUGCUUGA